GCGCGGCCGGCGGUCGGUGGCGGCCGCUACGGUGCUGACAAGAUGGCGGCUGGCGGGGCUGUCGCUGCGGCGCCCGAGUGCCGGCUUCUGCCCUACGCGCUACACAAGUGGAGCUCCUUCUCCUCUACUUACCUUCCCGAGAACAUUUUAGUGGAUAAACCAAAUGACCAAUCUUCAAGGUGGUCCUCAGAGAGCAACUAUCCUCCCCAGUACUUGAUUCUGAAACUUGAAAGGCCUGCUAUAGUCCAGAACAUCACAUUUGGAAAAUAUGAGAAAACUCAUGUCUGCAAUUUGAAGAAAUUUAAAGUCUUCGGUGGAAUGAAUGAAGAAAAUAUGACAGAGUUGUUGUCCAGUGGCUUAAAGAAUGAUUAUAACAAAGAAACAUUCACCUUGAAGCAUAAAAUUGAUGAACAGAUGUUCCCUUGUCGAUUCAUUAAAAUAGUUCCACUCUUAUCCUGGGGACCCAGCUUUAACUUUAGCAUCUGGUAUGUUGAACUUAGUGGCAUUGAUGAUCCUGAUGUAGUACAGCCCUGUCUCAACUGGUAUAGCAAGUACCGUGAACAGGAAGCCAUUCGCCUUUGCCUAAAACACUUUAGACAACACAACUAUACAGAGGCCUUUGAAUCGCUGCAAAAAAAAACCAGGAUUGCCCUGGAACAUCCCAUGUUAACAGAUCUACAUGAUAAACUGGUGUUGAAGGGUGAUUUUGAUGCUUGUGAAGAAUUGAUUGAAAAAGCUGUAAAUGAUGGUUUAUUCAAUCAGUAUAUCAGUCAACAAGAAUAUAAGCCACGAUGGAGUCAAAUCAUUCCCAAAAGCACCAAGGGUGAUGGAGAAGAUAACCGACCAGGAAUGAGAGGGGGCCAUCAGAUGGUUAUUGAUGUUCAAACAGAGACCGUUUAUUUGUUUGGUGGCUGGGAUGGAACUCAAGAUCUUGCUGACUUCUGGGCGUACAGUGUGAAGGAGAACCAGUGGACAUGUAUCUCUAGAGACACUGAGAAAGAGAAUGGUCCUAGCGCCAGAUCAUGUCAUAAGAUGUGCAUUGACAUUCAGCGAAGGCAAAUCUACACAUUGGGGCGUUAUUUGGAUUCCUCUGUGAGGAACAGCAAAUCUCUGAAAAGUGACUUCUAUCGUUAUGACAUUGACACAAACACAUGGAUGUUACUCAGUGAGGACACUGCUGCUGACGGAGGGCCAAAAUUGGUGUUUGAUCAUCAGAUGUGUAUGGAUUCAGAAAAACAUAUGAUCUACACCUUUGGUGGUAGAAUUUUGACAUGUAAUGGCAGCGUAGACGACAGCAGAGCCAGUGAACCACAGUUCAGUGGGUUGUUUGCUUUCAACUGUCAAUGUCAAACUUGGAAACUUCUUCGAGAGGACUCCUGUAAUGCUGGGCCUGAGGACAUCCAGUCUCGGAUAGGACACUGCAUGCUAUUCCACUCAAAAAAUCGUUGCUUAUAUGUAUUUGGUGGCCAGCGAUCGAAGACCUAUUUGAAUGAUUUCUUUAGUUAUGAUGUGGACUCUGAUCAUGUAGACAUAAUAUCAGAUGGCACCAAGAAAGACUCUGGAAUGGUUCCAAUGACAGGAUUCACACAGAGAGCAACCAUUGAUCCUGAACUGAAUGAAAUACAUGUCUUAUCUGGACUCAGCAAAGACAAGGAGAAGAGGGAGGAGAAUGUCAGAAAUUCAUUCUGGAUUUAUGACAUUGUGAGGAAUAGUUGGUCUUGCGUCUAUAAGAACGAUCAAGCUGCAAAAGAUAAUCCAAGUAAAAGUCUUCAGGAGGAAGAGCCAUGUCCAAGAUUUGCCCAUCAGCUUGUAUAUGAUGAGUUACAUAAGGUUCACUAUUUAUUUGGUGGGAAUCCAGGAAAAUCUUGCUCCCCAAAGAUGAGAUUAGAUGACUUCUGGUCACUGAAGUUAUGUAGGCCUUCAAAAGAUUACUUACUGAGGCACUGCAAGUACCUGAUAAGAAAACACAGGUUUGAAGAAAAGGCCCAAAUGGAUCCCCUUAGUGCUCUGAAAUAUUUACAAAACGAUCUUUAUAUAACUGUGGAUCAUUCAGACCCAGAAGAGACAAAAGAGUUUCAGCUCCUAGCUUCUGCUCUAUUCAAAUCUGGUUCAGAUUUUACAGCUCUAGGUCUCCUUCACAUCUGGAAAGUGAGUAAUUAGAGAAGGUACCUGGAAUAAGUGUGAUGCCAUUGCAGCUGGCAGAGCUUUAUAAAUUCCUUUUGCAACAAAGAGGAGGAUCUUAUACCAACAGGGCUGUGCCUUCAGAUUUCUGCUAGUGACCUUUUUAGCAUGUUGCCUUGUAGUUGCCGUAUUUACCUUCUUCAGAUGAAGGGGGUGGGGGGGAGUGGAGGACAGGGAUGCAUGGCUUUACCUUUUUUCAGUUGCCUACUUUAGAAGUCCUCAGAUACUCCACCUCUGUAAAGGCCUCGCUUAAUUUUACCUAGACACAUGAGCUAUACUUGCAAGAACACUGAAUAUAGACUGUAAGACAUACGAAAGUAGUUGUCUAUGCAACCCCAAAUCUGACGGUAGGGUACCGACGUCCAAAAUUUAAAUAUGAGUAGUCUUCUGUGGGGAAGAUGUGUGUUUCAAAAAGUUAUACACUUGGUCUCCUUUUUGAGAUUUUUUUUUCCUUUCCCAGAAAAAAUGGUUGUGGUGACUGACCAGUUGUAAACUAUUUUCUCCCUCAGUUGUAAACCACCCGGUUAGAGAAAUAAAAGUGGAUUUCCUUUCUUAAGUAUUAUAUACAGCCUGGCCAAGAGAUGCUAUGAUUGUGUUAUUCUUUAAGCCACCUUGGUUUUUUGACUUGUGCAAAAUAUCUUUUGAAUGAAUAAAUUAGUAUAGUAUUCAUUUUCCUUUGUGUAUAGUCUUCAGCUCAAUUGCAAAAUCGCAAAAUAAUGUGGCAUUUUCCUAUGAGCAAAUUUCCUUUAUGGACAUAUAUAGAGAGAUAUUUUUUCUUUCUUUUUAAAAGAGAUUCCUUCACUGUCACCACUUCAGACUCCAUGUAAAGUUGAACCUGCAGCCUCAGAAGGAGUAUAGGAUAGCUAAGACGAGGACCUCCUUUUCUUGUCUUGGUAACAAACAUUAUCCCAUCUUUCCAAAAUGGCUUAUUUAUGUUAUAAGCAGUGAGAAAGAAGCUACAAUUUUUUUAAGUCCACUCUUUUACUUCCUUUAUAAAUUAGUAUUCAUUGGGGGUACCUGGGUGGCUCAGUCGAUUGAGCGUCCGACUUUGGCUCGGGUCAUAAUCUCACGGCUCAU